AUUCCAUAAAAAUCACCCUCCCCAUUUUUCCGUUUUGAUUAAGCUUCUUCAACCUGUCUAGUUUUAGAAGCUUUGAGGCAGUUUUCACACAAUGGGAGGUGAAAAAAUGGCGAAAAGACCAUCUUUAGGAAACCUGAUGAGGAAGAGAUUGUCUGAUAUCACCAAUUUACAGUCACAACCCAAGCCUUCAACCCAACACGAAAAUCCUCAACAAAUUUCUCCUGUUGCUGAAGACUACAUUAAUCAGUUAAUUACGGAAAAGAUGACGCUGAUGGAACUUAUCGAGGAGAGAAAUAAGAUCAUUGAAUUGAGUGGAACUGAGUUGCAGAAUCUGAGAACCUGUUUACAAAAAUUACAACUGCAAAAUUGGAACCUUGCCCAAUCAAAUACUCAGAUGUUAGCGGAGCUUAAUUUAGGGAAAGAUAAGAUGAAGGCUCUGCAGCAUGAGCUUGUAUGCAAGGAUGCUCUACUUAAAGCGAAAAACCAGGAAAAUAAGGGAAAAGAAGUGGAUAGCAGCUGCCAAAAUAACUCACAUGUGGGACACCAAGGAGCAGAAGAAUGCGUGGCUAAAGCUAACGACGACAAGCAUCGAGCUCGAAACAGAAGACGAAAUGCUAGAAGUCAAUCUAUGGGCCCUUCAACUACAAGCCAAAGAGAUGGAGCAGAUAAAGAGAAGAUUGAAAGCAAAAGGCGAUGCUUGAGGAGACAAACUGCUAGAUUGAAAUCCCAAGAACCAGAAAUCCUAUUUGAGCUCGAUGAUAUUGGUUUUGCUCCAAUAGUUUCAUCUGAAAGAUGUUCAAUUGGAAGACCAUUGCGCAAAGCAGCUGAAAAGGUGCAGUCCUACAAAGAAUUCCCACUUAAUGUUAAAAUGAGAAGAACAUAUUGAUGCAGUGCACCCCAUUCCUCUUAUUGUAACCUCUGUAUUGUUGUUUAUGGAACUUGCAUUUGUGUGUGUUGGAAUGAUUAUAUUGUAAUUUUAAUAUUGGCCAGAAUAUUUUAGGCCAAACAUCUAAUCAGAAAGAA